AAUACAACUUCUCUUUUUCUGUUCCUCAAAUUAGCCUGCUGUACUAUAAAAGUCUGUGAAACGCUGUCCUGUCUCUUUUGUCAGAGCAACAUCUCAGAAUGUCUCCCCACAUUCUGGCACCGGUGGUUGUCUUGGCCCUGUUUGUCAGCACCACUUCAGAGCCACACACCUUCCAGCACAGGGACGCUAAGAGCAGAACGAUUCUGACUUGCGACCGAUGUCCCACAGGCUUCUACAUGAAGGCUCCGUGCACCCCCGACAAGCAGACCAUCUGUACACCAUGCCCCCUCAACCACGUCACCCAGUUCCAAAUCUACAUGCCCAAUUGCCAGUGCUUGGCCUUAAGCGACCGGAUGUGCGAGUGCUUGAAGGAUUAUUACAAGCGUGCUGACUUUGGGGGCACACUGAGAGAAGUUGUUACAAAAGUAGGGCAGUCCAUCACUCUAAAUGCAAAUAGAUCCAACAGAAGUGGAACCUUUUUACAGUGGCUGCACAACUGCAUGGUCAUUGCCCACUGGUAUCCAGGAGAACAACCAGGCUGUCUUUAUCCUAACAUGGAGUUGGAUACUAACACAUUUACCCUAAACAUGUCCAAUAUUCAACGAAACGCAACAGGAUUGUAUGAACUUGUAAACGCUUUUCACACAGCUUGUGCCUAUCAGCUUACCGUAUUUGAAACCAUCCAGGACCCCAUUAUUAUACCACAAUGCAACUCCACCAGCUGUACCCUAAACUGCACAGGGUCAAUGAAUAAUGACCUUCAAUAUGUGUGGACUAAUAACAGAGGACAGAAGGUGUUUGGUUCUGUUUGGGUUGUGGAGAAGAGUGAACACCUGGAUGUGGUCUACACCUGCAACUCUAGUAACUCAGUGAACUGGAAGACCAAGGGAAUCUCAGAAAGAGAGUUCUUUAAAGAACCCAGUGCUGCAUCACAUCUUAGAGUCGGGGUGUCACUUGCCCUCGUCCCCCUCCUUCCACUGUUAUCACUACUAAUUUGGAGGCUCCGCAUCUUUCUCAGUGGACGAGGGGACAGAGAUGGCCCAAACAUCUCUGUGACUUCGUCCGGGUCUUCUGCCGUGUCCGGGAUAGGGCUGCCACCUGUGUCUGACCAAAAUCCUGGACAUUUCAGCAACCCAGCGACCUUCACAUAUCUAAGCCAUGACAAAAAUUGCCUCACUACAGCGAAACUAUGUAUUUGCUAAUAUUAUUACUAUACAAUUAUUAUGUUGUCUUGUUUUUAUUAGUAAUAUAAUUGUAAUAUUAUUCAUCUGCUUGUGAUUUGUUGAGUUAAUUGUUUUCCAUAAUAUGUCCAUAAUACGUAUAAUUUGUUAUUAUUUUGGCUGAUAGUGGGAACAGGUAUAUAUAUAUAGAGAGAGGCUAUAUAAAUAUAUAUAGGCUAUAUGAAUAUAUUAUUCAAAUGAUAGUAAUGACAAAGUAAUUUUGUUAAAUAUGGUUAUUAGCUGUUUAAUUCAUUUAUAAAUGGUGCACUGUCACUUUAAGACUCUUGCCAGUUACACAUGGCUCAGAGUGCAACCAGAGAUGGUUAAAUGUUAAUAUUUAAGGAUCUUUGGUGCAACUUCUCUUCACGUUUUUCUUUUAAACGUUUCUUAUAAAAAUUUAAAUAUCAGUUAUCAACAAUGACAAGCCAGCUGGCGCAGUUCUCUACCUUUCGAAAACGCGUUCCCAAUUAAUAACGUUAUGAGUAACAUAACGCAAAUGUGCUGUGGAAUACCCUCCCUGACCACCUGAGGGCUCUCAAACUACAGACGUUUUUAAACAAAACUUAAAAACAUAUAUUGUUUUAAAAGCUUUUUGUUAAAAUGUAUUUUAUUUUUUAAAACUAUUUAUUGACCUGAUCUUUCUUCAUUUUAAUGAUUGACAUUCAUCUGUUUUAAAUUACAUUAUUUUUUAAAAAAUCAUUAUUAUUAUUGUUAUUAUUAUUAUUAUUAUUAUUAUUAUUAUUACCAUCAGGCUACUCAACAAUGUCAGAGAACUUCCUGUGUUUGUGUGUUUUCACUCCAAAUUGGCCUACUAUAACUUCCCAACUCUGCACAGUAUCCCAUUAACUGCAUGCGGAGGUCAGGUAAUUUGGGACAUCAGGUAAAAUGGGACAAAUAAGGUUUUACAUCUUGGGCUCUUUAGGCUAUAUAUUAAAAGCCAAUCACUAAUCAUGCUAUUAUAUAAACUAUAUGUCCUUUAUCAGAAACAAUAAUUGUGAUUGGUCUGAUAUAACAAGGAUAGAUGGGGUUGUGAUUGUGAUGAUCUGGCAUGUUGAUUUUGUACUGAUGGUAAUAAAAACACUGCAGCUAAAACUGUCACUAAAGAUUUUACAUAAAACAUGCUUGUAUGAUGUGAAAUGUUAUGAACUGUAUCAUAAUAUUGUAACAAAACACCACUUCUUUAAUAGGAAAGGAUGUGAAAUUUAAUUGAUCUGAUGCAUCAGGUAAAUUGGGACAACAAAAUCAGCUAAAAUUAGACAUGUUUAAGCCACCACCUGAACAUGCCAUCAGUGUCUUAAUGUCUUUGAAAGCCCAAAGCUUAAAAAAUAUUCCACUUGACAACAUAUUUUCUUUAUAGAAAUAUAGUCACAUGAGUCUCUUCUAUAUUUUCUUUAUAUAAAAGAGACUCGUGUGACAUUUUUUUAUCACUUGUGGUAGGCGUACUCCCAAAUUACCUGACUGCGCCUAUGGAAGUAGAUUGGAUUUUAGAGCCUUUCAAGAGUCUCGUUCUGUGUUCUUUGUGUGAUAUGGUAGUCACACCUGCUUUGCGUUACCUGUCCGUUUUAAUUUCUCCGCCCGUGUUAACAGGUUAGACCCUGCUGCCUGUGAGACAUGCACGUCACAGAUGUCUACAUGCUAGACAUAGGACCAGAGCUUAUUUUUCAUGUCACACACAAGGGUGUUGGGAGCGUUUCCAUUCAAAAGUGAAAAAGAAGAAAUGUUUUAUAGGCAGAUUCGCUGCAACAGCGCAUCAGCCCUCCUGCACACUAUUCAAACGUUUCUUCACUGCCUCUUUUGAAUGGAAACGCUUGCGUGUUGCAUGAAAAAUAGGAGUCAAUCCUAUUUCUAGCAUGCACACUACAAAUAGAAUUGGCUUGAGCCGCAUCUGAGAUGCGUGUGUUAAAAGUGAAAUCACAAGGACCAUUACAUGUGUCCCUUUGUGUGUAAGUAUCUGAAGAUGAAAUGUGUGCACUUUAUUUGUAGUAUACUUUUUGAAAAGGGCUGUAAAAUGCUUGUUGAUACAAACUUAUGUUUACUUAAGUUAAUCAACAUGUUUUUUCAGAUUUAUGUACAAACAAGUAAACAAACUUAUACCGUCAAGAAAAACAAUUAAAGUUGACUUCAUUGUUCCUUGUUUUUUACUUUAUUUUCCAAUUUACAUUAAUUAAACCGUAACAAAACAAAAUCAAAACCCUCCCAAAAAGGAAAAAAAAAAUCAAAAUAAAAAAAUGAUCAUGAUCAUAAUAAUAUUAAUAACAAAAAAAAUAUACACACCCUCACACAUAAAGACACACCCUGGCUCUCG